UUGAAAUGUAAAAUUGGUAAACAUUCCUGCAACCAUUAACAAAACCGAAACGACGGCGUUCCUUUUCCAAACACAGGUUUCCCUCGCACAUUGUUAUUCCUCACUCCUACUGACCUGAACGCCGACGAACAGCAGCAGCACCCAGUAACCAUUCGGUUUUGUAGUUGCAGAAAUGACAGGGAUUGUGAAGCCACAAAGCGGGUUUGUAAUCACACCCCACAAAGUAUCGAUCUGUAUACUUCUUCAGGUCUAUGCUCCUUCCGGUCAGUUUUCAGUACCAUUCCCUUUCGCCUCAAUUUCCCAGCAUAAUCGUCUUGGAUCGUUCUUAAUUGCACUUACAAAGUCAUGUGAUGAUAUCUUGGAGCCAACAUUGGAUGAAUUCUUGAAGCUACUCAAGGAAUUUGGUGGAUUAUUAGAUAAUUGGCUAAGUGAUCAUGUAACCAGUAGGCUGUCUUCAUUAUCAUCACCUGAUGACCUCUUUACCUUUUUCAAUGAGUUACGAGGCAUCCUUGCGGGUCCUGAAACAAGCAUUGUUGAUGAUGACCAAAUAAAUUUGGAUCCAAAUAGCAACCUUGGAAUGUAUAUUCGUCGUUGCUUGCUUGCCUUUAAUAUUUUGUCAUUUGAGGGCAUGUGCCAUCUUUUAACAAAUAUAAAGACAUAUUACAAAGAAGCAUUCUCAAACUGUCCUCCAUAUGAAAUGACUCAUUUGGAUGAUCCUAGUAAUGAUCCAGAGGCACCAUUAGAAUAUGAAAACAUGGAUUUGGAAAACUUUGUACUCCAAAACUUUACAGAAGAACUUGAAUCAAGAAAAAGGGUUCCUUUUCAUAAUCAUUCAUCAAAAGCACUCUUUAGUCUAAUCGAAGAUAUUACGGUUUCCCGUGGUCAAAAAGUCAAACAUAGUCACAGAAGUCCAGAAGGUAGCCCAUAUAUGAGCUCCCCAACCUCUGCACUACCAAAUAUUGAAUCCUCUGAUGUAAUCCUACAACGUACAAACUGGCAGAUACAAGGAUACUUAUCAGAGCAAGCAGACAUGAUUGAAAAGCUUGGAAGCUCUUUUCCUAUGAGUGCCUUUGAAUCUGUUUUAAAGCUUCUCCAAAAAGUAGCCCCAGAGUUGCAUCGUGUCCACUUUUUGCGAUAUCUGAAUAGCCUUUAUCACGAUGAUUAUCCAGCUGCAUUAGAGAAUCUUCAUCGUUAUUUUGAUUAUAGUGCAGGAAUGGAGGGAUCUGAUUUUGUUCCCACAUCAUUUGGUUGCACCAGUAAUGGAAGAUAUGAAAUUGCUUUAUUAUCUUUAGGAAUGGCACAUUUUCAUUUAGGUCACCCUAAGCUAGCUCUUGAGGUUUUGACUGAAGCAGUGCGUGUGUGUCAGCAGCAUAGUGAUGACACAUGUCUUGCCUACACAUUAACAGCCAUUUGUAGCCUGUUAUCUGAAGUUGGUAUAUCAAACAUGACUGGAAUUAUGGGAGCAUCAGAUUCACAUGUGACAAAUAUAGGCACAUCAUUGUCUGUUCAACAACAGUUAUUUGUGCUUCUUAGAAGAUCUUUAAAAAGAGCAGAUUCCUUAAAACUAAAGCGCCUCGUGGCUUCCAAUCAUUUGGCAAUGGCUAAAUUUGAUUUAACGCAUGUUCAAAGACCUCUGCUUUCUUUCGGUCCAAAAGCUUCUAUUCAGCUCAGAACUAGUCCAACUAAUGUUUGCAAGAAACUUAGAUCAAGUGCUCAAUUGAUCCACCAUUUUGAGAAUGAAAACUCGGUAAUGACAAUUGAUGGUGCUUUAAGUACUUCAUGGCUUAAGAAUCAAAGAAAGCCAACAACUUUGUUGGUGUUUCCUCAAGAAAAUGGAUCUGAGGACAAUUUUGACACAUUUUAUCCAUGGUUACAAUCAAGUUCUGUUCCUGGAUCUGUACUACAGCUUGUAGGUUCUUCCUAUUUAAUUCGUAUAACAUCUUGGGAGCUAUAUGGAAGUGCUUCACUUGCAAGAUCAAAUGCUCUGCUUUUUGCGACCUGCUUUGCUGACUCAUCAAGUUGGUACAGUUCAGCUGAUCUUGCUUUGGCAUACGGGAAACUCAUCCAACAUUUAGCUGUCUACAAAGGGUACAAAGAAGCCUUUGUAGCACUUAAAAUAGCAGAAGCAAAGUUUUUGUCUGUUUCAAAGUCUGGAAUCUUGCCAGUUAAGCUGCAGCUGCUCCAUGAACGAGCUUUACACCGGGGGCAUCUGAAAUUAGCUCAACAAAUAUGUGAUGAACUUGGAGUAUUGGCUUCUUGUGUAGCUGGAGUAGACAUGGAUCUCAAGACUGAAGCAAGCCUUCGUUGUGCUCGGACAUUGCUUGCUGCUAACCAAUUUAGUCAGGCAGCUUCCAUAGCACAUUCUCUCUUCUGCACAUGUUACAAAUUCAAUAUGCAUGUAGAGAAUGCAACUGUUCUCCUCUUGCUUGCUGAAAUCCACAAGAGAUCUGGAAAUGCUGUUUUGGGAAUUCAAUAUGCUUUGGCAAGCUUAUCAUUUUGUGAAUCGUUUAAUUUGGAUCUUUUGAGAGGCUCAGCCACUUUAACACUAGCAGAAUUAUGGCUUUUACUUGGAUCAAGGCAUGCAAAAAGAGCUUUAAAUCUUAUCCAUGGUGCUUUUCCAAUCAUACUUGGUCAAGGUGGUUUGGAGCUUCGAUCUCGGGCCUACAUCUUAGAGGCAAAAUGUUACUUAUCAGACUCCAGCAUUUCAGUUUCUGAAGAUCCUGAUAUUGUUCUUGAUUCUUUAAGACAAGCUUGUGAAGGACUUGAAGCUUUGGAGUAUCAUGAGCUGGCAGCGGAAGCAUAUUACUUGAUGGCAGUUGUGCUGGACAAGUGUGGGGAGGUAGAAGAGAGAGAAGAAGCUGCAACUCAUUUUAAGGAACACAUUAUGGCUUUUGAAAAUCCUGUAAAACCAGAAGACCCUCUUCAUAAUUUGCUGUAAUGAAAUACUGUUUGCUGGAAUCCUUGUGUUGUGCAGUAGUAGUAGUGUGUAAAUUAUGCUAUAAUCAAACUCUUUAGAUGGAAAUUGAAGGAUGUUAGUCUUUAUCUUUUCCAUGAAACCUUAGAAAGGGCAACUAGUGAACUUUACAUUAAAAGUUAAAACAACUAGCAAGAUUGCAAUAGAAACGAGAGAUUUUAACU